AUGGGGUAUUUUAAAGAUAAUGGCAUUGGAAAUGCUUCACAACCUAAUAAUGAUUUUCAAGGGGCUCCACGACCAUUAGAAUUACCACCAGUACCUGCAACAACAUCAAGAGAACCAUUGAAUUCAUGUUGUUUAUUAAGUAAAGUUUUUCCUUCUACUGUAACUCGUAGAUUUUCAUGCAAUGAUUUGCAAGAGAAUGAGGAGUUUAGAAUUCAGAUUACUCAAGUCAGAGAAGAGGUUAAGGAGCAAAAUAAAAAGUUACGGGCAGAAAUAGACAAAGAAGGGGUAAAUCUUAGGUUGGAGAUAGGAAAAGAUGUAAAAGAAAAGGUUAGUGAGUUAAAAAGAAAUAUUGAGGAAAAUUUGCUAGGGGCGAUUCAAAUAGAGGUGACUAAACAGACUGAUAUGUUGAAUAGGGAAAUUAGACACAUAAAGUUACAGAGACAGGUACAUGAAGAGGUCAUACAUAAUUUGAAAGAAAAUGUUGACAAGGAGAUAGAAAAAUUGAACGGGACAGUAGAGGAACAAUUAAUAAGUUGUAUUAAAAGUUCUGAGAUAGGAGAAAUAAAUUUUAGGAGGGAAAUAGAGGAGGUGAAGAGGAAAAUGCAAAACACGACAGAGGAAAUUUUAAGAAUGAAGGAAAGUUUUAGACAAAAUUCAAGAGAAAGUUUAACUGUAGUACCUAAUUACAUUUAUGAGGGGAUUAAGUUUGAUAGAAAUAUAAACAACAUUCAUCCUGAAGUUUUUGUAACAAUAGUGCAAAACAAACUCAAAAAUUUCAGAGAGUUAGUAAAAAAAAAUUGA